UUCACAACAUACGUCGUGUAGCAAUGGUGGACGUUUAGCUCAUAUUUUCUGAUCUGUGGUUUAGUUUACUUACUGUUCUCAACAAUAAUUUUAUAGCUGCACAAAUAGUGUUUUGAGUAUAGUACAGCGAUAUAAGCAAAAAUGAACCGAACAGAGGGCUUGGUGCAACGAAGAAACGUUGCAAAAGAAAAUAAUCCUGACGGAAGCAGGGAAAACAACGAUGUGGACGAUAAGAAGAACGAUAAAAAUUUUGAUGACGGCGAUUCAAAGGAAACUCGAUUAACUCUUAUGGAAGAAGUAUUACUGUUAGGAUUAAAGGACAAAGAAGGUUACACAUCAUUCUGGAAUGAUUGUAUAUCUAGCGGUCUCAGAGGCUGUAUCUUGAUAGAGUUGGGAUUAAGAGGACGUGUUGAAUUGGAAAGAGCUGGCAUGAGAAGGAAAGGUUUAUUGUCCAGAAAAGUUAUUGUUAAAUCAGACACUCCAACUGGUGAUGUGUUAUUAGAUGAAGCUUUGAAACAUAUGAAAGAUACUGAUCCACCAGAGACCGUACAAAGUUGGAUAGAAUAUCUCAGUGGUGAAACAUGGAAUCCUAUGAAGUUAAAAUAUCAAUUAAAAAAUGUGCGCGAGAGGCUCGCUAAGAAUCUAGUAGAAAAAGGAGUACUUACAACCGAAAAACAAAAUUUCCUAUUGUUUGAUAUGACAACCCAUCCACUUACUGAUAACGUUGUCAAGUGUCGUUUGGUAAAAAAGGUACAAGAAGCAGCGCUCCGUCGUUCUAUAGUAGACGUAGCGCACGCCGAUAAGCGUUCUUUGGCGCUGUUGAUGCUAGCGCACUCAGCCGAUGUGCUGGAGAAUGCUUUCGCUCCACUCUCCGAUGAGGACUACGAGCUCGCUACCAGGCGCGUGCGAGCCCUACUCGACCUCGACUUCGAGGCCGAGGCGAUGCGACCCGACGCCUGCGAGAUUAUGUGGGCAGUGUUUGCGGCGUUCACUAAAUAGCGGCGUCCCCUUUAAGCCACUUUCGAACGAUACGAAGAAUAAUUUACGACAGUGCGAUCGUUUAAUUAUUCGGUAAGUGGCGAAAAUCUUUGGUGUACGAAUUGAGUGCAAUGAAUAAACAAUUAAAAUGAUAUAGUUAUAUUUACCCUAACCUGUACAUACACAUUGUCGUUUGAAUUUUCAUUUUGUGAUCAGUAUUAAGUUUGAACGAUCAUAUAAAAUUUAAUUGGAACCCUUUGUGACUUUUGUUUCUUGUUAACUUUGCGUAUACGAGUAGGGACGUCACAGAGGUUCCCAAGGAAUUUUGUACUUUUUCCAUUGAAAAAAUAUCGUUAAUGUUAGA